AUGAACAUACCUUUUAAAAUUCGUCAAGGCGGCUGGUCAAAUAGAGAGAUUAUUAUAUAUAAAUAUGUGAGUGAGUAUGGUGUCACAACGGAAGCAAGAGCAACAUCAUUAUCACUAUCGUCAUUAAGAGCAGAGCCAAUAGAAAGUAUGAGAAAUUUUGAAAUUUUGGAAGUUGUAAAUGGUUGGUCGAAAAAUGAAAUUAAAGAGAGUGGUUGUGAAGCAAGCGAUCUAAAAAAGCAAGAGAGGAUAGUAUAUAAAAAUAUUCAAAAAAAACGAGAUAAAAAUCGGAUCGUAAUGAUUGAGGUCCGGUACACAAUGAUCAUUGAGCAAACCACUGACACUCUUAAUAUGGAGGCAUAA